AUGAAGAAAGUUUUUAAUAUUUUCUUAUAUUUAUUUUUUUUUAAUUUAUAUAUAUAUGAAAAUAAUGUUGCAAGUAAAGAAAUUAUACAUCAGGGAAAAACAAAUUUAAGAAAAGGUCUUCCAGUAAGUGGUAUCAUAUCACAAGAUGUACAAAAUAAUCCAAAAGUAGUACAUUAUAAUAAUGAUGAAAAUAAUCCAGAUGAAGAUAAUAAUGAAAUAUUAGAAAAUGGAAGUGAUGUCAACAACACUUCAAACGAACAAACAGAUACACAUUCUAUGAAUGUAAACUUAAGCUCAACAUCUGAUGAAUCAGUCGGAUCGAAUCUAAACGUUAAGACAAAAAAUACGAUAUAUCCACAAUUAGAACAACAUAUAUCAGCACAUGAAACAAGUAAUGUGCAACAUCUUUCUGAAAAUGAUGUUUCUCCUGAUUCAGCAGAUAGCGGGGAAAGAGGAACAGUACUUGGAGUAUCAAGGGAAAAGAAAACAGGACAGAGAGAAGAAGAAACGACUCCAAAAGAACAAUCAGAAGGGCGAUCAGAAGAGGACGCUUCAUUACAACCUGAAGGAUCAUCACGAGAAGUAAGUCCAUCUGAAGGGGAUUUACAAAAACUAGAUACAUCAAAAGAUUCGCAAGAACUAAAAGGACAAUUAAUUGUGGAACCAUUGGGAGGACCACCAGAAAGAGCUGAAUCACUAUUAGCAGAAGUGCUAGAAGAUAGUGGACUACUCAAAGGAAAAAAACAGCAAUUACAAACAGACACAGAAGAAGCAGGAACAGUUUCGGAAAAGAGGGAUAUACCUCAGGAUUUAGAUGUUACACCUAAAAAUGAAAAACCAGAAGAUAAUUCAGACUCAGAACAAACAUCGUUAUUAAGUGGAAUUCAACAAAAACUAGGUGAAGGAGGUACAUUAGGAAAACGGGUAGAUCAAUCAUUACCACUACAGAAUCAACUACAGCAUAAGCUGCUGCGACAACAACAGCAUAAGUUACUGCAACAGCAACAGCAGCAGCAACAGCAACAGCAGCAGCAACAGCAGCAGCAACAACAGCAACAGCAACAGCAACAACAGCAGCAGCAACAACAACAACCACAGCAGCAGCAGCAACAACAACAACAACAACCAGCACCAGCACCAGCAUCAACACUACAGCAACAGCAGCAGCAGCAGAAACAACAACAACAACAACAACAGCAACCACCAUCACCACCAACAACAACAACAAUACCACAACAUCAGCAGCAGCAGCAACAACAACAGCAACUACUACCAAAAGAAAACAAAGAACCUGCCACAUCGCAUAAGGUAGAAGAUCAAAAUUUACCACAGACAGUAAGUUUAUCUCCGGAGGAAAGUAAUAAUAUAAUCUAUAAUAAGGAAGUAGUAGAGGAAAAAAAAGAACAAGUAGAAGAGGAAGAAGGCGAAAAAGGAGAAGCUGAACUAUACCAAGAGGAAGUAGAAAUGGACACUGACGAACAGAAGAACGAGGAAGAGGAGGAAGAAAAAGGAGAGCAAGAAGUAGAUAAAGUAGAGGAUGUAGUAGGGGGAGAAAAAGAUAACAAUAUUUUGUUAAUUGAUACUGAACCUUGGAUAUCACUUUCUGAAGAAUAUGAUAUUAUGAAUAAAUUUAUAAAAACAACUGAAAUGACAAUGAAUUCUUUGAUAAAUUCAUUUGAUGAUGACAUUUCAGUUUUAGAUACUCUCAACAAUUUAGUUAAUGAUAUGAUUAACUAUUACCUAAAUAUACAAAUAUUUGGAGAAGAACUAUAUAACACAUUUAUUUACGAAUGGUAUUUAUAUAAUAAUCAUUGCAAUAUAGAAUAA